UCCAACUAGUUCAAAGUUAAACAAAGGCAGCGGAGAGUAAAGAGCCCGGACAUAACCAGAAGAGGACAGGGGAUUCCAUCAGUCUUAAGAACACGAUUACACGAAGCAAGGAUGGUGGUGGCAUACUAGCCCACCUGCGAAGACCCACCGUCCCUUUGGCAAGCGAGGCCGCAGCAUGAGCGGUUGCAUUCGCUCCACGGGAUGUCCAACUCUAGCAAAUUUCAGAGAAUAGAAGACUCCUUUUCCUAAUUUCUUCAAUCAGAGGAUAGAUCCACAAAAAUCCGAUCGGAUGGAACCACCCACUACAGCUCCAAGGUGAUCCCGAAUCUUAAUUCCCAAUCCACAGACUCUUGAAGAUUCAGACUAAGCAGCAUCUACAUUAAUUUUCACAAACUCGAGAGGAGGGGGGAUCCACCUGGUAGAGUGCGAUGGGUUUGGAAGAAGAUGGGUCACAGCCAUUUUCUUUGUUGGUCAUCUUUUGAUUGAAACAUUUUCUAACUCACUUUCUGUCUUCCAUUGCUUGAAACAAGGUUCCUUUUGGUAGUCUUGUGGGUGUUUACUGUGUGGUCUCUGCUUUGCUUCUUAUUGAGACUUUGUUUUUGCUUUUUGGUGGUCUUCAAUGGCUUUGAGCACCCCAACAGCCUCUGCAACUCUUCAUUAUGCUGGACCAGCCCCUCGGUGGAGCCAUGAAGUGUUUUUAAGUUUCAGGGGUAUAGACACUCGCAAAGGUAUUACGUCCGAUAUAUACGAUAGAUUGCAAAACAUGAGAGGAAUUAUAACAUUCAUGGAUGACCAAGAGCUUGAAGUAGGUGAUGUUAUUUCUCCCAGACUCCUAACCGCAAUCAAAGAAUCAAGGUUUGCAAUAGUUGUUCUGUCGCAACACUAUGCUUCUUCUUCCUGGUGUUUGGAGGAACUCACAACGAUUUUCCAAUGCAUGAAAGACAAUAACAGAAUUCUGCCACUUUUCUAUCAAGUGGAACCAUCUCACGUACGAUAUCAGAAAGGGAACUUUGAAGUUGCUUUCACAAAGCAUGAGUCGAGGCAAAGCAUAGCGAAGGUGAAGCAAUGGAGAGAUGCUCUACAAAAAGUGGCCAAUCUCUCUGGAUGGGAUUCCAAGAACUAUGUUUCUGAUAAAGAACUUGUCGAAGACAUUGUGAAACUCGUGUGGAGUAGAGUACUUCAAGCACGUAUAGAAAAUGAGUCAACCACAAGGGAUUUUGGAUCGUUUAAAGCAACACGAAUGGCUAUGGGUAAGGUCAUGACCGCGCUAAAAAAUGAUCAAGUCACUGUCAUUGGGGUGCACGGUAUGGGAGGGGUCGGAAAGACAACCAUGGUGAAACAUGUUGGUGCACAAGCCCGAAAUAACGGGCUUUUUGAUAAAGUGAUUAUGGCUGUUGUAUCCCAAAGCCCUGACUUGAAAAAAAUUCAAGCCCAACUUGCAGAAAUGUUAGCCUUGAAAUUGGAGGAGAACACAGAAGAAGGAAGAGCCUAUAUAUUGAAGGAGAGGAUAAUGAGAGGCAACAGGAUUCUUAUUAUCUUGGAUGACAUUUGGAGGAAAAUAGAAUUGUCAAGUAUUGGAAUCCCCAGCAACAAUGAGCUUCAGAUGCGCAAUUCCAAAAUACUACUCACCACAAGGAUAAUGCAUGUAUGUGAGGACAUGGAUACGCAGGCAAAGAUCACUCUCAAUAUUCUGUCAGAAGAAGAUUCUUUGAACUUAUUCUUGAAGAAAGCAAGGAUGUCAUUUCAUGAAUCAACUGAAAUCUAUAAGGUAGCAAGGAAAGUAGUUCAAAAAUGUGGAGGUCUACCAAUAGCGUUGAUUGCAGUUGCAAGAGCACUUGGAGAUAAAGACUUGGAAGAGUGGAAGGAGGCAGCUCAACGACUACAAGUGUCUCAACCUAGCAACCCUGAAGAUGAGAGACAUGUAUUUGAAUGUAUAAAGCUAAGCUAUGAUUACUUGAGAUCUAAUGAUGCCAAGUCAUGUUUCUUGCUUUGCUGCCUCUUCCCAGAAGACUAUGAAAUCCCAACUGAAGACUUGUUGAAAUAUGGGGUCGGGAUAGGACUGUUUCAAGAUUCCAACACAAUGCAAGAAGCCAGAGCUCGAGUAGAAUUGGUGGUGAAGUCCCUUAAAGCUUCUAGCUUGCUUUUGGAGCCGAAAGAGAAGGGAUGUGUAAGGAUGCAUGAUGUCAUCCGCGAUGUGGCCAUAUCAAUUUCGUUACUUGAAGAUGGUCAACGGUUUUUUGUAAAAGCUGGUUGUGAAUUAAUGGAGUGGCCAAAGAUUAAUGCACACGAAGGCUACUCUGUAAUCUCACUGAUGAAGAACAAAAUUAGCAAGCUUCCUGAAGAGUUGGUAUGUCCAAAACUCCUUAUAUUAUUACUCCAACAUAAUGCUACUUUGAAUGAGAUCCCGAAGACUUUUUUCAAAAGUCUGAAUGAAUUAAGGGUUUUUGAUAUAAGUGAAUCUAGCAUGUGUUCGGUACCCUUAUCAUUUUGUCCCCUAACCAACCUCCACACUUUGUGUCUGGAUGGCUGUAAGUCAAUAGGUGACAUGUCAUUUCUCCAAAGCCUGAAUAACCUUGAGAUUCUUAGUAUGAGAGAAUGUCGUCCUCAGGAAUUUCCAAAAGAAAUUGGACAUCUGACCAAUUUAAGAAUGUUGGACAUCACUAACUUGCGGUUGCAGGUCAGUACAAUUCCAUCUAAAGUGAUAUCUAGGUUGUCUAAAUUAGAAGAACUGUACAUGCAUUGUGAUUUUGGGGACUGGGGGAGUAAAGCAGUUGAGGGAGUUGAAGAAGAAGCUAAUGUUGGCUUUGAUGAGUUAACUGGCUUAUCAGAUUUGACCAUUUUGAAAGUUCUAAUAUAUGAUGCAGAAUGCUUGCCCAGAAACGUAAAGUCAAAUCCAAAUUGGUUUAAAUUUGAUAUAUGUAUACAGAGAGGCCCAAUUCUGAAUUUGAAGAAACUGAGAAACCCAUCUAAACUUUUUUAUAAUCCACGUGAUCAUUAUUCAAGAGUCUUGACUCUUUACAGCUCCGUCAAUUACUUACCAGGCUGGUUUCUCAAUGUGGUGGCAACAAAAACAGAGAAACUUCAGUACAUUGAUUGCGAGGAGUUGAGUCAGUUGACUAACAUUGUUAUGGAACAUGACCAUGGAAAACUGCAUGGACUGAAGUAUCUCAUUAUAUCCGGGCGCCAUGCAAACUUGGAAGAGUUGAUGAACUCAACAGGACGGGUUUCUAAUAAACCAGUCUUGGAGUACCUGGAAGAGUUACAACUCCGUUCUGUGGAUGGCCUGAAACAGUUAUGCGUCGGUGAAUUACCUUCUCGGUCUCUUUGCAAUCUCAAGUUGUUGAAGGUGCUAGGUUGUCAAAAUUUGGGGAACACACUUCUGCCAUCAAAGUUGUUGCAGAGAUUACAAAAUCUAGAAAAAAUAACUUGUGUAGAAAUGAAUAGAGUGGAGUACGUGUUUGGAUCAUCAUCAUCAGAUUGUAUUCACCCAGAGCAUAUGACAAAAUUGAGAAUGAUGAGGUUGUGGUUUCUAGAAAACCUAAUAUGGAUCUGGAAGGGUCCUGCUCCAUCUUCCACCUUCCAUAAUCUUAGAACUUUGGUAGUUGCCGAUUGCAUGAAUCUGAAAUGUCUCUUCACAUCUGAUAUAGCUCAAGGUCUUUUGCAAUUGGAAGAUCUUUGGGUAGAAGACUGCCAGAGCUUGGACAGCCUUAUUGAACCAAGUGAGGAUACUCUUAAGAACAACAAGAUGAUCAUUGUUUUUCCAAAAUUGAAGAACUUGCUUCUGUCUGGUCUUCCAGAGCUUAUAGGGUUCUGCCACAGUGGAGAUGCUACCAUUCAUGUUGAGUGCCCUUCAUUGGAACACUUGCAUCUGAAGGAAUGCCCUCAGUUUUCGACCUGUAACUUUCAUAGCAGGAACCGAUUUCAAGUCAACAAUCAACAACAUGACGACAUUCUAUACGAUAGAUUGUGGGAUGUAGAUGAGCACAUCGUAAAAUGAUCGGCUGGAAGACCAACUUUCCAUUGUUGCACCGUGAAAGGGCUACUGUUGAUUUUGCAUGUCCGUCAUUGGAACAGUUGUAUGUAAAGGAGUGCCGCUGUUUUGAUUUUCAGAGCAGGAACUAGUCUAACUCCAUGUUCAAAAACAUCUUCAAUUUCUUUGCCAAGCUUUGUGAGCAGGUCUUUUGGCUCCUUAUCGUGGACAAACUUUGAUUGAUAAUUGCCUACGUCUGCUAAUUGCUCAUCUCUGGCUUUGGCCAGAUAAUGCAUGUAAUCUAGCUGGAACUAAGGUCGAUCAUCACAUUUACCUUUGGUGAUCUGUUCCUGCAAUCUUCCUUGUGGGGUUUUACAGAGUUUCUUCUUCACUUGAUUGUUGGUUUAUUGUUUGUUCUCUUUGGGGCGUACUUUUUGAUGGUGUAAUUCCUCUGAUUUUGCAAUAUCAAAGAGGAGUUUUGAAGUAUCCUUGACUAUGUCUAGGCAGAAGUGCAGUAAUGAAGGACAAUGCUGUUGGUGCUAACAUGGUCAACAUGAUGAAGUCCUUUAUAGCUCCAUAGCAGUCGAUGAUCAGUAUUUAGUUGUGAAUAGGAUUACUUUAUCCUUUAAUAUGCAUCAAAUUCAUUUCAUAGUUCCAUUUGGGCAUUUGAUAGGUCCAUUCAAUUCAUAAUAUGAAUUGGACUCCGACUGUAAUAAAGUAAAGCCUUGAAAUAUUUUCACUAGCCCUCCUCCAAGCCGUCUGUAUUUCUUGGUCAAGACUAAUGACUAUGCCAGAAAGAAGACAUUGAACAGAAAGAACAAUAGUUUCUCUAAUUCUUACUCUUUUUUUUUUGAAAGGCAAUUCUUACUUUUUAAAAAGAAAGAAAAAAUUGGCAGCUUUACUUACAAUAAUGGGUAUGGGGCCUAAAGUGGCUCGUCACAGCUAACCAAAGAUACUAGUGGAUUUGGCUGGAGUGGGCUGCAAUGGACCAACCGAAAUGUAGACCAAGGGAGCCCCAGUGACGUGGACAAAUUACAUCCUCAGGAAUUGGUUACUUUGUGUUGACUGUGAACUGACUGUUAACUGUAAAUGUUUUGCCGUCAUAGUGAAACAAGCGGGGGCUAAUGGUAUUUUCGCUGUGAGGCUUACAGCUAAUAACUUGUAUGGGUUGGCAUCAAAAACACGAAAAAUAACUGGUUUGGGCUCCUUCUCUCGUCUUUUUUUUUUCUUUUUUGUUUAAUUACUGUUGUGCUACUGCUACUAGCUUUCGAACCCAUUCGAUGAAACCCAAUCGUCCCGUCGGUUUGAUCGAUUUUGAGUCCUUGAUCUUACUCUGAAGAAGAAGAAGAAGAAUCACCCAGACACUGAGACAGUCCAAGUUUGCUUUGCUGCCAUUUGUGAAUGCAUGUCAAUGUCAUCUUCUUCAAAACCAAGCAUCAAUUCUAUCUGAAUUGGAUACUUCUGCUGUAAAUGCCCUUCCAUUAUACCUUGAUGAAAUCUUUCAUCCUGUUGUUGCUGUUUUGCUGUCUGUAACAUUUAUUCUAAUUUUCAGAGAGAUUAUUCCACAAGCUAUAUGCUUAAGAUAUGGGCUUUCUGUUGCUUCGAAUUUUGUUUUGCUUGUUGGCAUUCUGAUGAUCAUCUGCUAUCCAAUCGCCUACCCAAUUAGAAAAACUGCCAAGGAGGGUAUGACACCUAUUGAAUCAAGAUUGUGCUUGGAUGUUGAUUCAAAGUUAGACUAGGAAGCAAUUGGGAAAAUUCUUGCACGUGUUAGAAUGUGUUGCUGAUGUCAGUUUGCUCUGAACUGGGAUUUGUUUAGUAUGGGAAAAUAUUACUUCUUGUAAUUACAAUUGCUGCUGUUGUGCUAGCAUAGUUGCAAAUUUCUCAAGUUCUAAGGUUGCUCCAAUCUGAAUUAUAUAUGUAGACAAUAUCAUGCUAUUGUCUUAAAUGCCUUUCUCAUCAAAUAAUUUAAUUCACUUAAUAGGAGUGUUAAAAUGCAAUUAGAAACUCAUUUAUUCAGACGACCAUACAUGUUAUUUAGUGGGUUAAGGUCAACAUGUCUUUUAGCUUAAUACUUUUUUAUCUGGUUUUGAUAUCAUAUUAUGUUGUACUGGAAAUCAAGUUGUUAGUUCUUAAUUCUUUCAAUUGCUUCCAGCAAUGCACUUCUGAACUGUAAGGUAUGUGAUUACGGAAACUGCUUUUUUAUACUCUCCCUUCCCAGGAAUAUAGAGAAGCAAAUGUGAGAAUAAGUUAAUUAGUUUUUCUGUUUCACCUGAGCUUUGUACCAAUUGUUGAACCAAUCAAACUAAUAGUAAUAUGGUGUGCAACAGAACUGGUAAAUAGUAGGAAGAGAGAAGACCAUUAUAGUAGUGGUGAUUAAUUGAAAUAAAAAUUUCUAAGCUGUGCCCAAUUUUUAUGUGUGAUACGUUGGUGAUCUCUUAUUUAGGAGGAUUGUUGGGUUGGGUGUCUCUAACUUAGGCUCUAUCUGCAUUUCUAAUUGAAGAUGUUGAGGGGCUCUAGUCUAGCUUACUGAUUCUCUGAUGUUGAGUGGAUGCCUAAAAUUAAUCACCUCGAUGAUCAUUGUACAAUUGCUUUCCUGGUAGGACCGGUCAAAGUGAGACUUUGGCUUCAUCCUAUCAGACUGAAGGACGCUUACAGUUCUUCUGUUUGUGUGAUUUAUGAAGGGGGAGAAGUUAAAAAUUAACUGUGUUUUCCUUUAUCUGCCCAUAGCUAAAAGCCUGGCAUAUUUGUAAUCUUACAGCUUGUAGGAAAGGGUGCUUUAUCUGAAGGAAACAAGAACACUUUAGAAACUGCAAAGCUGUUGAGAGAGAAUUCUCUCGCACAUGAUGCAUUUACUCCGGUGGACAGAUAUGAUAAAUUCUGCCUUUUCUACAAGUCUGUCUGGAUGAUGCGGAAUAUCAUCCAUUUCUUCAAUUUAGCAAAUCAGGUCUAGCAAAUUUGAGGAUCAUGCUGAAGGCAAACAAGCUCUUGUUGCAAAAUUUAGAAGCUACAUGAAGACUUGACAAAUGGUUUCCAUGCCUUGAGGAUGAAUCGAUGAUUGGACUUGAUACUUCUUUUAGAUGGUUCGUGUUGCUGUUAUAAAUUGCAUGGUGAUGACAAUUGGAGUUACUGUGGUUUCUGUUGUGCAUGAGGAAGUGUGAGGUUUUUGUGACGCCGUUUUUACUUUGCUUAUGUGGCGGUUGCUCAAGUUUGGAUGUGUAGUUACAGUCUUUCUAUCAUUCCCUUCAUGUUUUUACUAGAGACUAGAUUCUAUUCCUUAUGUAUUUAAGCAAUAAGGUAUUCAAGAUUUUUCA